CGCGCAUGCGCAGUGCUGAGCUAACGGAGGUUAGGGGUUUCGGCUGUGAGGCGUCCCGGUGCUGAGUGACCGAACCUCCGCUACAGCCUCCGGGGGAAAAACCCCCGCCGGCUAUUCUACAGCAUCUGAUCAGACCCACGCGGGAGCGAGAAUGGCGUCCGACUCGCCGUCUCCCUCCUCAAGGGGGAUCAUGACCUUCUACCCGACCAUGGAGGAGUUUAAGAGUUUCAGCCGCUACAUCGCCUAUAUGGAGUCUCAGGGAGCGCACCGAGCCGGCCUGGCCAAGGUCGUCCCCCCGAAGGAGUGGAAGCCCAGACGCUCGUACGACGACAUCGAUGACCUGCUGAUACCGGCACCGAUCCAGCAGGUAGUGACGGGUCAGUCCGGACUGUUUACCCAGUACAACAUCCAGAAGAAGCCCAUGACGGUGAAGGAGUUCCGCAAAACGGCCAACAGCGACAAGUUCUGCAGCCCUCGGUACAAUGACUUCGAAGAGCUCGAAAGGAAGUACUGGAAAAACGUGACCUUUAACCCUCCCAUCUACGGAGCCGACGUGAACGGGACGCUCUACGACCCCCACGUGGACGAAUGGAACGUGGGCCACCUGAACACCAUCCUGGACACGGUGGAGCACGACAGCGGCAUCACUAUCGAGGGCGUGAACACACCCUACUUGUACUUCGGCAUGUGGAAGACCACCUUCGCCUGGCACACGGAGGACAUGGACCUCUACAGCAUCAACUACCUUCACUUCGGGGAACCCAAGUCAUGGUACACGGUGCCUCCGGAGAGCGGAAAGAGACUGGAGCGACUGGCUAAAGGAUUUUUUCCUGGAAGUUCUCAGAACUGCGAAGCUUUUCUCAGACACAAGAUGACCCUGAUCUCACCGUCUAUUUUAAGGAAGUUUGGGAUCCCUUUUGAAAAGAUAACUCAGGAAGCUGGGGAGUUCAUGGUGACUUUCCCGUACGGCUACCACGCCGGGUUCAAUCACGGGUUCAACUGCGCCGAGUCGACCAACUUCGCCACGCAGCGGUGGAUCGAUUACGGAAAGCAGGCCAUCCUGUGUUCCUGUCGGAAGGACAUGGUGAAGAUCUCCAUGGAUGUGUUCGUCAGGAAGUUCCAGCCCGAGCGCUACGAGCUGUGGCUAGCGGGAAAGGACAACGCUCCCAUCGAUCACACCAAACCUACGCCGGAGGCGGCCGAGUUCAUGGGGGGCAAGAAAGGGAACUUCGGCCAGCGAGAACCCAACGCACAGAACCAGAGGAACGACUCGAGUAAAAAAAGUGUGGCCAAACAGAGGAUCGGUACUAAGAGGCACCGCGUGUGUUUGGAGGUACCGGACGACGUUCUGCCAAAGAGUGACGCGUCACAUGACGACUCUGAGUCCGGGCAGAAGGACCGGCUUUCUCCACGGACCCACCAGAACCGGGACAACACUGACUGCAGCAGCGAGUUUUGUGUAAAGUCUCCUCCAGACAACAGGAAGUGGCUGAAGCUCAGAGAACGUUCAGACAGCAUGGACCGCGUCAGACCGGAGAACGCCAGCGUGACCUCGGACUCGGACCUGGUGUGUCCUCAGGCCCAGAGGAAAAGCCACCUGUCCAUCGCCACCGUCCCCAUGGCCCCCCACUGCCUGUCCGCCCUGCCCUGGACCUCCUCCACCAAGCCCGGGGUGGCCAGCCUGCUGUUCCACAGGACCCUGAGCCCCUCCGACGCCCUGCAGGUCCACACCUACGCCGCUAAAGCCACGCUCGGGAAACCUCCCCAACCCCCCAGGGUCCCCGACCUCAUCAAGUCCGACUCGGAGUCCGACUCGGAACCCACACCCGAGCUGAGCCCGAGCCCGGAAACUCCGGAGCACCAACACACAGACACACACCAGGAGGAAAUUGAAGAUGAGAAAGAGAACAAGAGCGUGAAGAGGAAGCACCAGCCCCUCAGCACGCUGCCCCAGCUCCACCCGCUGCUCAGAGACAGCUCCAGUGACGAAGAGUUUCAGGAGCAGGUGGAAAUCGAGAUGGACUCUCAGGAAUCGGACCCCUGGGCGCAGCUCUUCAUGCCCCUGUGGCAGAAACGGAUCCUGCGCAGCAUCAAAGUGGAGCGGGAGUUCAACCGGCGCGUGGGUCUGCAGCCGCCGUACUGCGCCGUGUGCAGCCUCUUUCACACCUACGAGCGGAGUGAGCUGAGAACUUUGAUUCAGGGAACCUCCGUACCUGUCCGAGAGGAGAAGCUGAGGACGCGGCCCCUGAUCCCGGAGAUGUGCUUCACGGGAAGUUCAGACGGAGAGCUGUCCACGCCCAACCUGGACGAGGACGGCACCAGUCGUCUGGUCAGCUGUUCUCAGUGCUGCGUGCGCGUACACACCAGUUGCUACGGAGUGUCUCGAGACAGCAAUCUGGACGGAUGGAGGUGUUCACGCUGCGAGGCUAACGCUUUUACUCAGGACUGUUGUUUGUGUGCUUUAAGAGGAGGAGCGCUGCAAAGAGCCAACAAUGACAAAUGGGUGCAUGUGUUUUGUGCAGUAGCGGUUUUAGAAGCCAGGUUUGUGAACAUCGCCGAGCGCCGGCCGGUCGAUCUCAACGCUAUUCCACUGCAGAGAUUUAAACUGAAGUGUCAGUACUGUCGGAAGCAGAUGAAGCGGGCGUCCGGAUGCUGCGUGCAGUGUUCACACGGCCGCUGCUCGUCCUCCUUCCACCCCACGUGUGCUCAGGCGGCCGGCGUCCACAUGCACCCGGACGACUGGCCCUUCGUCGUCUUCUUCACCUGCUGGAGACACAAAGGAGGUGUGAACAUGGAGCGUAACCGGUCGUCUCUGCGGGAGCUGGUGGAGGGACAGAAGGUCAUCUGCAAGCACAAAAACGGCCGGUACUACCACUGCGAGGUGGUGGAGCUCACCAAAGCAACCUUCUACGAGGUCAUCUUCGACGACGGCUCGUUCAGCGACAACCUCUUCCCAGAGGACAUCGUGAACAGAGACUGCGUACGACUCGGGCCCCCAGCAGAGGGCGAAGUGGUGCAGGUGCACUGGACAGACGGCCUGAUCUACGGAGGCAAGUUCGUAGCGGCUCACAUCAUCCCCAUGUACCAGUUGGAGUUCGAGGACGAGUCUCAGCUGACGGUCAAGCGGGAGGAAGUGUACUGUCUGGAUGAGGACCUGCCCAAGCGUGUAAAAGCACGGCUGUCCGUGGCCUCGGAUAUGCGCUUUAAAGGAGUCUUCGUGGAGAAGGAAGUCAAACAGGACUCGAAGAGGCAGCGCUUCAUCAACUCGCGCUACAGAGAGGACUACAUCGAACCGUCCAUCUACAGAGCCAUCAUGGAGUGACGUCACCGCGCUCUGGAGGACCCGUCACACCCCGCUGAAGUUUUUUUUUGUUGUUGUUUGUUUGUUUUUUUUGGUCCGUUUUGUUCUUCCUGUAAUCAAGACCUCUAAACACGACGUCCAUGUCGUGUGUAAGAGCGCUCGGGUGUGUGUGAUCACAGGGUUUGUGUGUUUUUUUUUCUUUCUUCUUCUCUGAAACCACAUCAGAGCUCCUUAAUCCUCUCGUUCUCCAUUUUUCCACUGACACGGUGCCGCUGUGGUUAAUUUAGGGCUUUAAGCAAUACGAAUAAAACGAGGCGUACGCUAGAGCUAGCGCUCCAUCAGGUUGUACGCGCGGUAUUCCUACUUCAGCAUUAACCAACGUUUCCAGUUUAUUCCCUGUUCGGUACGAUUCCGUGCAAUAAUCAGAUCUCUAGAGAUUCCUCAGGAAUAGAUGUGAUAACGUGUGACUGUGGGUCUCUCCUGAUCUCGUCUGUUAUUAAACGUGUACAGAAACAUUAAGAAAAAGAAUCUCAGAAUGAACGAGGGUAGCGGAGCUCUGUCGCUUAGCUCGCUUAGCUAAUCAGCACCUACGCCAAAAGCUAGUAAGGUCUGAACGCAAUCUAAAUCGUUUUUUAAAUACAUGUGGUAUGUUGCAAUGCUACAGGCUCUGAGCUUCGGCUUAUCUCUUAGGAACGUAAUAAUAAUAAUAAUAAAUGACCGGGGACAGGCCACGCCCAGAAGAGAUGAUGAGAAACCUCGUUAAUAAAUUCUGCUGUAAAGUUAUUUUUCCUAAAGAGUGAUCAUAGAAUUUCUGUCUGAGAACAAACGCUUUAAGCUACGAAGCGUUUAUAAGGUAACCUUUCACGUAAGGUUUCAUCAUCAUUAUAUGCGGAAAUGUUAGCAGAGGUUUGAAUUAGGUAGCAUUCUUUCCGUUCAGCUGUAGCAUCACAACAAUUAAAAAAUUCUGUACCGUUUUUUUUGUUGUUGUUGUUGGAAUAAAAACAACAACAACGCUUGGAGCAAAGCACGUCUUCAUGGUCGUACAGCAGCUACUUAAAGUAGCUUCACUCACAUUCGCCUGAAAUUCAAGACAAGAAAAAUCAAAUCAAACCCAGUUUGAGUCAAACCACGCACUAAAAAGUGGCUACACGUUAGUCAGCUGAACUUCGCUUUCAGUUUAAUAUCGCGCGCUCGUUCAUUUCGGGCCGGCGUGUGUACGGAGCGGCGGGAUGCGGUGCGGUUCGGAACCGCGUGCUGUAGUUAUCGGGUUACGUUUGAGCGACGACGCGUCAUCAUGAGGCACGUUAUGUGUUUAAAAUGCUCAUUUUUCUUUUCUUUCUUUUUCGACUUUUAAUCCACACUAAUUAAAAAAAUAAAUGAACUUGCGUAUCAGGCACGGAAACGGGAUGCGUCACUAACGUAGAUCACAAAACGCGAUGUUUAAACAAACUUAUGAAGUUAGAACUUUUGUUAUGGUUCCAUCUUUCCUAUGAUGAUGAUGAUGAUGAUAAUGAUAAUAUAACAUAACAUCCAGACUCCACUCUUCCAAAAAAAAUCCCCUCCCCUUUGUGCCAACAUCAAAUCAUAUAAGUAAAACAAUGCCUUCAGGUGGGACUCCGGCGCCGCGUCUGUGGAAAAGCGUUCUCCGACACUCCUUACUUUACUGAUUGUUUAUUUAUGGCCGGAUGUGAGCCGGAUUUCCAGACACGAAGCGAAUGCAUUAAAGGCGCUACCUUCAGUUAGCGAUGAAUUUAAAAUAACGGGAGGGGGGAACGAUCUGUUUCGGUUUCCCCUCCAUCAGCCAUGUCGGUGCUCGUACGGCGUGUCUCGCUCACGCCAGGCGUUCAUGCAGUUUUUUUGUUUUGUUUUUUCGCUAACGUUUUGUUAUUUAAAUCUGCAGGAUGAAUUAUAGCGUGUGUUCACUGUGUAAUCUACUGUAAAGAUAGAGAAUUUCUGUUUGUUUAUUUUUAUUUUUCUGAGGCUCCAGCCGUGUACUCUCUCCCUCGCUUAUUUUCUAGAAUUAAAAAAAAAUUCUGGCGAAAUGUUUAAUUUAUAUCUCAGAUUAGUUUUUGAUGGUUUCUCGUUAUCAUCUGAACGUUCUCACAUUUUUAGAAUUUUUUUUUGUUUGUAAAAAAGAAAUGUAUUUAUAUGUUUUGCUUUUUUUUGCGAAUGGUGUGAUUUAAUAUUUUUGUUUCUUUCCAGUUUUUCUACUCUUUUUACUCUGUCGAUAGUUAGGAAAGAAUAUUGGCAGGUUAAAAAAACUAAAAAAAAAAAAAAAAAAAACCCACAGACGGAUGCACUUACUGACCGUUUCUCCUCAAUCAACCCCACACACACGAACACACACACGUGAAUUGGUUGUGUGUAAUUAAUAAGACACAAAUCUUUCUCCGUUGUCUCCGUUUAGAGACGAUGUGGUUCUACUCGUUGUAAACUCACGACUGCUUCCUUUCUUCAUUAAAGCAGCUUGAUUUCGA